AUGUUCACACAGCUCUGCUCAGACGAACGGACUGGCCUCGCAAGACAAACCGGGUCCGAAGCAAAUAAGGCCACCCCACGACAAGAGAAAAACGUCAUUUAUUCCUCUAUGUCCGUCAACUGCGCAGCAGCUUGCGCAAAAGCCGCCAUGGAACUAGUUUCGCUCGUCUACGAGACUUAUAGGACCUCGCUCACAGAUGCGUGGUGGUAUAACGGCUUCUAUACAUCAACCGCUGGGUUCGUGUUGAUUAUGUCGUACACCUGUCGCUCGAUACUUGAUCAGGUCGAUCUGCAUGCUGUCGAUACCGCGUGGCAAAGAUGCGAAGAGAUUUUGACCAACAUGGCAUCAUUUAGCUUGUCUGCACGCAAUUCAUUGCAAUUCUUACAGGUCACACAUCAGUAUAUCGUGCAGAACUACAAAGUACCAGCCAGAAGUGAAGAUGUCCAUACAUCUGCACCCACCCAGUCACAACCACAGCAAGGAAGUGUUCGGCAGCAUGCCCUUUCCGCUCAACACGCAGAUCUGAUGUCUGAAGACGCGAGUUCCCAGGACCCUGAGUCCAUUAAUGCCCCUAACGUCAAUCCUUUCAUGAGCUGGGAUGAGAUGGGCUUGGGUCAGGAGGAAUUUGGAUUCCUCGGACGAUUUGACGUUCCAGAUCUUGCAAGCUGGUUCUCGGAAGUCCCCGAUAUUCCGUGA